AUGAGUCCCGUCGCGUCAACGCACGAGUCUUCAGCUCGCUCGUCUGUGGCCGCAGACGACUUGGAAAAGCAGGAGGACGUACGCGGGCAUGCAGAGGUGCAACGGAGAGAGAGGCAGGGGGCAUGCAGGCCUGCGAGUGAUGCUCAGGAGGCUGAAGUGGAUGCCACAGGCUUGGCCGGCGCUGAGAUGGGCCUGAAGCGGUCGCUCAUGUCGCGAAUUCGCUCGCUCGAACUGCAAGUUGAGAAAAUGGAGCGGAAGCUGAGAGAAAACGAGAGGCACAUGAAGGAGUUUGUCAUCGAUAAGGUUCUUGACUUGGAAGAUGAGCUGCGCGAGCUCCAACACCAGCUGCAGGCAGCUUCGCCGUUUGCUCCCCCAUCGGGCCCCGAUGCUUGUUCUUCUUCGCCGAGUGAGGAAACCCCCGCACUUGUGGCGGCUGAGCGCUUCGAGGGGCGAGAAGAGAUCACGGUAGAAAGUGCGACGCUUGAAGACACAGAGGCCAGAGACGGCCGCCAAACGAGCGAAGAACCGCAAACCAUUGACACGCCGUGCUCUGUCAGCACGGUGUGCCCAGAGACACACAGUGGCCACAAGCGAGAGGGCGCCACCCGGAGGGCAGCCCCAGUCUAG